GCACCCCAGGUAAUGACUUCAUAUCAGACUACACUAAUAACAGUAGACAGUUUCUCAUAAUUGUUUAAAUAGUUUCAUAAUAAGUAAUAGGAGGAAAAACAGUGAAUCUGUUUUCCCCCAUGCAAAUUGGCUUGCAGUAACAGAAACAUGUCAAUCUCUCUUUAGGUGUCGGCAUGGAUCAUGGUAUCGUUGGCGGUAAGGUGUCCAUUCCACACAGCCACCCAUACAUGGUCUACAUUCGUGACACACAAACACAUUCAGCAUGUGGUGGAUUUCUGGUAAGGGAAGAUUUUGUGAUGACGGCUGCCCACUGCAAAAGAGAUCAUCUCAUGGUGUAUUUGGGUGUUAAUGACACAAAUCAUUUACCCGAGGGUAUAGAAGUCGAUGCCUUUCCGCAUCCAAAUUUUGCACUCCAAAUAAACAAGACAUGUGAUGACAUCAUGCUACUAAAGCUUAAAACCCCAGCAACUCUGAACAAGACUGUGAAUAUCAUUGCCCUGCCAGUAACUAAUAAAGAGAAAAUAUCAAGUAACUGCAUGGUUAUGGGUUGGGGAUGGCAGGAAUACAAUGAGAAGUCUGCAUCAAGAGUCCUGAAAGAAGUGAACUUGACUCUUUUAGACGCUGAAAAUUGUGGCGCACCUCAGAUUUUAUGCACUGAGGGAACAGUCGGGCCAGCACGGGGGGACUCUGGCGGUCCACUUAUUUGUGGAAAUGUCCCACAGGGCAUCGUGUCUUCCUACAUAGUGAAGUCUACAAGCUACUUUUCAAAGUAUGUUAAAAUCUCUCACUACCUUCCAUGGAUUCAGGAAACCAUGAAUGGAUUUCUUUGAAGCAUCACAAACCAUGGAAGGCAAACCUGUAUAAUAUCAAAAUGUUUGAUAUUAGAGCAUGUUUGAUUUAUGAAAGCUCUUCAUCUGUAAUUGAAUCUACUAGAUUGAAAUAAAGGCAAAUCUUUAUCA